CAAAACUAGAAACAAAACAUAUUUGAUUUGAUUUGAUUUCUUUUCAAUUUCAGCUUCACCAAUACACAAAACACACAGAGCUAUACAUACAACAUAUAGUCAUAUACGUUCAUAUUUUCAUUAAUUUUUGCCGAUCUCUUCUUCUCAACAACAUAUUUAAAUUUAUAUCAACAACCCACUUGUAUAACUUGUGUAUAUUGCUGCUUCUUCUCAGCCCAUCUGUGCCUAGCUGUUUGAACUGAGCAACUUUACCAGAAUGGCAAACUUCAAUCGCAGCGGUGGUUUAAAAAAAUCCAAUGAUAGUGUCAGACUUAUUAUAACAACCAUAAUGGGAAUGGUGUUUGGUUAUUUUAUUGGUAUUUCAUUUCCGUCAGUUUCCCUUUCCAGGAUUAACCUACCCUCAAGCCUUAUGUCAUUUCAUGAAGAUAUUCUCAAACCCAGUGAUCGCAGUUUUCCUGAAAAUCUAGGGUCAGGAAACACACCUAAAAUACCCAAGAUAUAUGUUCCAACAAAUCCCCGCGGUGCUGAGACGUUACCUCCGGGAAUUGUAGUGGCCGAGACAGAUUAUAUGUUGAGAAGAUUAUGGGGUGACCCAACUGAGGAUAUAAAAAAGAAGCCAAAGUACUUAGUAACUUUCACAGUGGGAUUUGAUCAGAGAAACAACAUUGACGCAGCAGUCAAAAAGUUCUCUGAGGAUUUUCAGAUUUUGCUUUUCCAUUAUGAUGGGCGAACUAGUGAGUGGGAUCAGUUUGAAUGGUCAAAGCGUGCUGUUCAUAUCAGCAUAAGAAAACAAACAAAGUGGUGGUAUGCAAAGAGAUUUCUACAUCCUGAUGUUGUAGCAGCCUAUGAUUAUAUUUUCAUUUGGGAUGAAGAUCUAGGUGUUGAGCAUUUUAACGGAGACAAGUUUAUUGAACUGGUAAAGAAACAUGGUCUGGAGAUUUCUCAACCAGGUCUUGAACCCAAUAAUGGACUAACAUGGCAAAUGACAAAGAGGAGAGGCGACCGAGAAGUUCACAAGAAUACAGAAGAGCGACCAGGGUGGUGUAGUGAUCCACAUUUGCCUCCAUGUGCUGCUUUUGUGGAGAUCAUGGCACCAGUAUUUUCUCGACAAGCCUGGCGGUGUGUGUGGCAUAUGAUUCAGAAUGAUUUGGUGCAUGGUUGGGGUCUAGAUUUUGCCCUCAGAAGAUGUGUGGAGCCUGCACAUGAAAAGAUUGGCGUUGUUGAUUCACAGUGGAUUAUUCAUCAAGUAAUCCCUUCUCUUGGAAAUCAGGGUGUGUCCGAGGAUGGUAAAGCUCCAUGGGAAGGGGUGAAACAGAGAUGCAGAAGCGAGUGGGCCCUAUUUCAGGAUCGCCUUGCAAAUGCAGACCAGGCUUAUUUUAUGCAAAAGAAGGGUUGAUGCAUUGUAAAUGUGUAGUAACUUCACCAUGUACAUUUCUGUUGCUCGUCAACCCAUCUCCCCAUCCGAGGUGCGAAGGGUGUUUCGGUAGUUCACAGCCCUCGGCUUCAAAUACCAGGAAAAUUAUAUAUCAAAGGGGUGUUCACCCACAUUCCAUGUACUAUACGAAGCGUCCAGAAAUGUAGGCUGUUUGUGCAUAUAAAUCGUUGCUAAAUUUAGAGGCUCAACUUUUGUACUAUAUUCUGCAUGGUUGCAUGUUUGCAGCUGUGCCACUUGUUCUGUUCUGCAAAUUAUUUGGUUUUUCUCGUAUUCUCGACACGUAGCAGUUAAUACUUGAGUAUAACUGACAAAUAGCUGAAACAAGAUUCAAGAAUGUAUGUUUCACCAGAUUUUGUAAUUUAUUUUUUUAACAGACAUCCUCUCUUCUUUUUC